AUGGCAACGAACAAUAUGCACAACCUUACAACCCUCAUCAAGCGGCUCGAAGCUGCCACUGCCAGACUCGAAGAUAUCGCCUCUUCUACCAUCGAACUCCCUCAAGCUGUCCCCUCGCUGAACCAAUCCGUUGCCACGCCGCCGUCAGCCUCCAAUACGUCUUUGCCUGCGCCGCCUCCGCCGCAAGCUGCCGCAGCUCCCCAAGCCCCCCCUGAACCCGUUCCCGAGUCCAUCGAAGAGUUUGAUCAGUUGUUAGCCACAACCGUUGACAAAUAUGUCAAAAUCAGCAAGCAGCUGGGUGGUCUCAUUGCCGAUCAGGCCGCCAAGGUUUUGCAGGGGUUCCAAGCUCAGCGUCACUUCUUGCUCAUCACCACCAAGGCCAAGAAGCCCGACUUGAAUGGCGCCGAGAUGGCCGUGUACCAGGACCUGCUCAAGCCCAUCAACGAGGCUCUCGUUGCCGUCAGCAACAUAAAAGAAUCCAACCGAGGUUCUCCCGUCUUCGUGCAGCUCAGCGCUGUAGCUGAAGGAUCUAUGGUCCUCGCAUGGGUCACCGUCGACAAUCGUCCUUACAAGCACGUUGAAGAUUCUUUGGGUUCUGCACAAUUCUUUGGUAACAGGGUAUUGAAGGAGCAAAAGGACAAGGACACCCAGCAGGUGGAGUGGGUUAAUGCUUUCUACCAGGUUUUCCGCGAUCUGGCCGAAUACGUCAAGCAGCACUUUCCCAACGGUAUCCCAUGGAACCCGAAGGGCCAGCCGGCUCAGGAGGUUGCCAAGUCCCUUACGGCGUCUGCCACGGCCGUCGCCGCCGCCGCUCCUCCCCCACCGCCUCCCGCAGGCGCUUUGCCGCCGCCGCCACCACCUCCCGGCCCUCCUCCAGUUCUUGAGAUUAAGGAAGAGACUGGCGGAAAAGGUGGGCUGGGUGCAGUCUUCUCCGAGCUGAACAAGGGCGAGGCUGUGACCAAAGGUCUGCGCAAGGUUGACAGGUCGGAGAUGACGCAUAAGAACCCCUCUCUUCGUGCCAGUUCUACAGUGCCGGAACAUGAUGGUUCAGCGCGCGGCAAGAGCCCAGCCCCUCAGAGAAAGCCGAAGCCGGAGAGCAUGCGCGUUAAAAAGCCACCCAAGAAGGUGCUUGAGGGCAACAAGUGGACUAUUGAAAAUUUUGAGAAGGAGGCCCAGCCGAUUGAGAUCGAAGCCUCCAUCUCUCACUCAAUUCUCAUCAGCAGGUGCAACAAUACCACCAUCAUUGUAAAGGGCAAGGCCAAUGCGGUCACCAUUGAGAAUUCAACGCGUCUGUCCCUCAUCGUGGAGUCUCUGAUAUCCACAGUGGAUGUUAUCAAGUCCCAAAACUUUGCGUUACAAGUGCUUGGUGCUGUGCCGGCCGUCUUGAUGGACUCGAUCGACGGUGCCCAGAUUUAUUUCAGCAAGGAGAGCACGGGAACCAAGAUUUACUCGAGCAAGUCCUCCGGCAUCAACCUUAACGUUAUCUCAGGGGAAGACGAGGACUACAAGGAGGUGCCUUUGCCGUCCCAGAUUUGCUCCUACUUUGACGAGAGCAAGGGUGAUUUGGUCAACGAGAUUGUAUCUCACUCUGGCUAG